AACCAUAGGAACGUGUUCUCUCUAGGUAAUAAUGGGCAAGAGAAUCAAGAUUCUUGUGAACUGUUCCAAGUGAUCAAUGCUAAGGACGGAACGGAGAAGUUUGGAAUUCGAAUGGAAUUCGAAAACCAUGAUAGAAACCAGUCAAAGAAUUUCAACCAGGAAAGCUCAUCUUCCACUGAUGCUCCGAUGCAAGACUUUCUUGCCCAACAAGAGGAAAUAAGGAAAAAAUAUACUGGAAAAUGUGUGAAGCUAAUCAAAGCUAAAGUACAAGUAAAUGAACACUAUUUAACCCAAAACAAAGGAGAAGAUGCUAUAAGAAGACACAGUGGACAAAAUUACAAUGGGACAUUCAUUCUUUCUCUUGGAAAUAAGUUCCUUACAUCUCAAAAAGCGAUUGACACAGAAGAGAAGCCUUAUAAGUGUUUGGAAUGUGGAGAAUGUUUUAGAACAAGCAGGCAACUUACAUCCCAUGAAAAAAUCCACAUGGUCGAGAAGCCGUAUAAAUGCAUGGAGUGUGGAAAGACCUUUGCUCAUAGAAGAGCACUUCCUGUCCAUAAUAGGACCCACACAGGGGAGAAACCAUAUAAAUGCAUGGAGUGUGGAAAGACCUUUGCUGAAAGAAGUACUCUUAUUUCCCAUGAAAGGAUC